GUUUUAGUAUUCGUUCUGAAGCGGGUAGUUGUAGUUAUCUUAAGUGCGAAAUCAAAAAUAAAAAAAAAACAAAAAAAAAAUUUUUUUUUCGAUUUUAGCUAAAGAAUUUUUUUUUAUUCUUUAAAUUUUUUAUUUUAAAAACGAAAUAAUUAAGUUUUUUUUUUAAAUUUUUGUAAUAAGCACACAUAUAAUUUAAAAAAAUGUCUUCACGUUUCAACCGCCCAAGAAGAACUCGUCUCUAUGAUGCUGCCUACAGAGCCGGCGAAAGUUAUUACAAGCCAGCUUUAGAUGACUUAGAUAAAAGGCGCUUAGGCAGAACUUCAUCACCAGCAGUGUCUUCUACACAUACACCAUCACGUAUAAAAUUUGAUCUUGAUAGUAAUUUAGAUGCAGAAUUACAAGAUGCUAGAUCUAGAGCUCAUCGUGCUAUCACAGAAGAACCAUCAUUAUUCGAUUCAAGGGGUCAUAUUGUUGGACGCUCUCAACAGCGUGCCAUUGCUAAUGCAUCCGCAUACCUUGACGGUGAAGAAUUAGGAGAAGAAAUCCAGUCUUCCCUUAGCCGUAUUCGUGCUAACAGACAAAACAUGAGAUCAUUAAUCGAUGAUUUGGAUUUAGAUGAUUCAUUCAGUACAAUCAAACGUAGAGCAAAUAUAGAUUUGGGUGAAAAAUUAAUGCAAAUCAAUAAGAGUGGCGAAGAAGACUAUGGCAUUAAAUCACGUGGCAUUAAGUUGGUCUCCGGAAUUGCUGAUGUUGAUUCCGAAUUCGAACCAGAAUUCAAGAGCAGAACUAGAAAGUUAAUUGAUAGAUUAGGCGAUGAAUCUGGAGAACUCGAUUCAACAAGACGUUCAGUUUUACAAAGUUUCCGUAAAACUGUAAUUACAAGCGAUGAAUCAGCAACAUCAUCAGCAGCUGCAAAACGAGCUCAAGAAACUAAAACCCGUUUAGCUAAUCUUGAAACGGAUAUUAUGAACAGACAAGAAAAACUUCAUAAUCAUGAAGCACGUUCAGCACGUUUAAGAAAUUUUAUGGCUGAAAAUGAUAUUGAAUCUAUUAAAAAGGAAGCAAUUUCUUUCUAAAACAAUAAUAAAAAAAAGCAUAAAAAACAUAAAAACAAAUAUAUCAAAACGAAUUAAAUAAAAAAAGAAACAUAAUUUUCUUUUAAUUUUAAAUAAUAAAAUAAAUUUAUAAACAAUAUUUACCUGAGAGAGAGAUUGUUCAAAUCCUGUAGUAAUUCUUAUUUACUUAAUAUGCAAUAUUUUAUCGUAUUUUUCUUUUUUUGUCGACCAUUGAUCAAUACUGAAAAUAUUUUAAAAUUAUUUUCCAAAUAUUUUUAAAAUAAAUAAAAAAGCACCAAAACAAAAGUGUCAUCAUCAUUGUCAUUAUAGAAUACAAAAAAAAAAGAAAAAAAAAUAUGUUUUAGUCCUUUAUGUAAAAUUUUUGCACAAAUAUAAAAAUUUCCUAGGUUUUUAAUUAAAAUGAAAAAUCUGAAUUAAUUAUGUAGAUUUUAAAUAGAAUUAAAAAGAAAUAAUUGUAUGCUUCGACGAUUAAAAUCUACCGUCAUAAAAAUGUAAAAUUAAUUUAAAAUUUGUUGAGUUAACAUCAAAAAAUUCCAAAACAUUAAAAAAAAAAGAAAAGAUUGUAAUAUGUAUUUAUUAUGAUAGAACAUCGAACAGAGAGAACCCAAAUAACACUUAUCGCACAAUUAAGUUGUAAUUUGAGUGCUCACUGUUUUAUUAACACAAACGUACUAUUAUAAUCUCAUAUAAAAUUAAUUAUCAAUAUAAGAGAAAAAUUAAUGAUCUUUAAACAACACCUUCUAUUAUAAAUUAUAACAAAAAAAACAAAUUAUAUAAUGAGUAUGAAACAAAACACAAAUUUUGUACAUUAAAAAAUUAUUUAUUUUUUUUAUUUAAAUUUAUUUUAUUUUAAAAAUAUAUAGUUAAGUUUUCUUCUGUGUCUCUUUUUAUAUAUUAUUAUAAUUAAAAAAAAAUAUUGUAAUGAUUAUUGUUGAUAUCUAAUUCUAAAUUAUAAACCAAAAAAAUAUAUAUAUAUAUAUUACAAACAAAAAGAACAAAACGUGUAAAACUUUCUCUGAACACAAUUAUGUGAAAGCUAAGCAAAAUAUUUAUGUAACGAAAUUGUGUAAGAGGAAAAAAGAAUGCCAAUAAAGGUUUGUUGACUACAA